UCACCUCCUUACCUAAAACCCUUUGCUUCAAAUCUCCCCUUUUAUGAUUUCUAGGGUUUUAUAACAUUUCCCCAAUUACUAUCUCUCUACAAACCCUAAUUCCCUUUUGCUCCGACAAUUUCUAGGGUUUAGUAAAAUCAUGUAUCUCUACAAUCUCACACUUCAACAAGCUACAGGCAUUGUUUGUGCAAUCAAUGGCAGCUUCACUGGUGGCAAGUCCCAAGAAAUUGUUGUAGCUCGUGGCAAAGUUCUUGAUCUUUUAAGGCCUGAUGAUAAUGGUAAGAUUCAAACUAUUUUAUCUGUCGAAAUUUUCGGUGCUAUUCGUUCUUUAGCUCAGUUUCGAUUAACGGGUGCUCAUAAAGAUUAUAUUGUUGUUGGUUCUGAUUCUGGUAGAAUUGUUAUAUUGGAAUAUAAUAAGGAGAAGAAUGUGUUUGAUAAAAUUCACCAAGAGACUUUCGGGAAAUCAGGGUGUAGGAGGAUUGUUCCGGGGCAGUAUUUGGGGAUUGACCCGAAAGGGAGGGCGGUAAUGGUUGGUGCGUGUGAGAAGCAAAAGUUGGUUUAUGUGUUGAAUAGGGACACGUCGGCUAGGUUAACUAUUUCGUCGCCUUUAGAGGCGCACAAGUCGCAUACGAUUGUGUAUUCGAUUGUUGGGGUGGAUUGUGGGUUUGAUAAUCCGAUUUUUGCGGCAAUUGAGUUGGAUUAUUCGGAGGCAGACCAGGAUUCGACGGGGCAGGCGGCUAGUGAGGCGCAGAAGCACUUGACGUUUUAUGAGCUGGAUUUAGGGCUUAAUCAUGUCUCGAGGAAGUGGUCGGAGCAGGUUGACAAUGGGGCGAAUAUGCUUGUUACGGUCCCUGGUGGGGGAGAUGGGCCUAGUGGUGUGCUUGUUUGUGCGGAGAAUUUUGUGAUUUAUAAGAAUCAAGGGCAUCCUGAUGUAAGGGCUGUGAUUCCUAGACGAGCUGAUUUGCCUGCUGAGCGUGGGGUUUUGAUUGUUUCGGCUGCUAUGCACAAACAGAAGUCAAUGUUUUUCUUUUUGUUACAGACAGAGUACGGUGAUGUUUUUAAGGUUACACUUGACCAUGAUAAUGAACGUGUUUCUGAGCUAAAAAUUAAGUAUUUUGACACUAUCCCGGUUACCUCUUCUUUGUGUGUGCUGAAACUGGGGUUUCUCUUUGCUGCAUCUGAGUUUGGAAAUCAUGGUUUGUAUCAGUUUCAAGCAAUUGGAGAUGAUCCUGAUGUGGAAUCUUCAUCUGCUACUUUAAUGGAAACAGAAGAAGGUUUUCAACCUGUAUUUUUUCAACCUAGAGGACUGAAGAACCUUGUCAGGAUUGAUCAGGUGGAGAGUUUGAUGCCAAUAAUGGAUAUGAAAGUAACAAAUCUUUUCGAGGAAGAGACUCCUCAAAUAUUUUCGCUUUGCGGGAGAGGGCCUCGGUCUUCACUACGUAUACUAAGACCAGGUUUAGCAAUCAGCGAAAUGGCUGUGUCCCAGCUUCCUGGUGUUCCUAGUGCAGUCUGGACUGUGAAAAAGAAUGUAAAUGAUGAAUUUGAUGCAUAUAUCGUUGUUUCAUUUACUAAUGCUACUCUCGUCCUUUCUAUUGGUGAGACGGUCGAAGAAGUUAGUGAUAGUGGGUUCCUUGAUACCACCCCUUCUCUUGAUGUAUCAUUGAUAGGCGAUGAUUCGCUGAUGCAAGUUCAUCCGACUGGUAUCAGGCAUAUAAGAGAAGAUGGACGUAUAAAUGAGUGGAGAACUCCUGGAAAAAGAACAAUUGUUAAGGUUGGUUCCAAUAGACUUCAGGUUGUAGUUGCAUUGAGUGGAGGAGAACUUAUAUACUUUGAGGUAGAUAUGACUGGCCAGCUUAUGGAGGUAGAGAAACAUGAAAUGUCGGGGGAUAUAGCUUGUUUGGACAUUGCACCUGUACCUGAAGGAAGACAGAGAUCCCGCUUUCUAGCAGUGGGAUCAUACGACAACACUAUCCGUAUCUUAUCAUUAGAUCCUGAUGAUUGUAUGCAGGUUCUGAGCCUGCAAAGUGUAUCAUCACCCCCAGAUUCUCUCCUUUUUCUUGAAGUUCAAGCAUCUAUUGGUGGUGAGGAUGGUGCAGACCACCCUGCUAGCCUUUUUCUCAAUGCAGGUUUGCAGAGUGGUGUUCUAUUCAGAACAGUGGUUGAUAUGGUGACAGGCCAGCUGUCAGAUGCCCGAUCUCGUUUCUUAGGGCUUAGAGCACCAAAGCUCUUUUCUGUUGCUGUGAGGGGACGCCGUGCUAUGCUCUGUUUGUCAAGUAGACCAUGGCUUGGUUAUAUCCACCAAGGACAUUUUUUGCUGACUCCCUUGUCGUAUGAGACUCUUGAAUAUGCAGCCUCAUUCUCAUCCGAUCAGUGUGCCGAAGGUGUUGUUGCUGUUGCUGGAGAUGCGUUGAGAGUUUUUACCAUAGAGAGGUUGGGUGAAACGUUUAAUGAAACAACGAUCCCUUUACGGUACACACCAAGAAAAUUUGUGAUUCAAAACAAGAGGAAGCUUUUGGUUAUCAUUGAGAGUGAUCAAGGAGCAUUUGCUGCAGAAGACCGUGAAGCUGCAAGAAAGGAAUGUUUUGAGGCAGCUGGAAUGGGUGAAAAUGGUAAAACGGAGACGGAGAAUGGUGCUGAUGAUGAGGAUAAGGAUGAUCCCCUCUCAGAUGAGCAGUAUGGUUAUCCUAAAGCAGAGUCGGACAAAUGGGUUUCUUGUAUAAGAGUUCUUGAUCCAAGGACAACGGAAACAACUUGUCUGCUUGAGCUUCAGGACAAUGAAGCUGCCUUCAGUAUAUGCACGGUAAAUUUCCAUGAUAAAGAGUAUGGAACUCUUCUAGCUGUUGGUACAGCCAAAAGCUUGCAGUUCUGGCCAAAGAGAUCUUUCUCGGCUGGAUAUAUUCAUAUUUAUCGUUUCCUGAAAGAUGGUAAAUCGCUUGAACUACUGCAUAAGACACAAGUGGAUGGUGUACCUCUUGCAUUGUCCCAAUUUCAAGGAAGAUUACUUGCUGGAAUAGGACCAGUUCUCAGAUUGUAUGAUUUGGGGAAACGGAGACUGCUUAGGAAAUGUGAGAAUAAAUUAUUUCCCAACACAAUUAACUCUAUUCAUACAUAUCGUGACCGGAUUUAUGUGGGUGAUAUUCAGGAGUCGUUCCAUUAUUGCAAGUAUAGGCGUGACGAAAAUCAACUAUAUAUAUUCGCUGAUGAUUCUGUCCCAAGAUGGCUCACUGCAUCAUACCAUAUAGACUUUGACACGAUGGCAGGUGGAGACAAGUUUGGGAACAUCUAUUUUGUGAGACUACCACAAGAUGUAUCUGAUGAGAUUGAAGAAGAUCCAACUGGUGGAAAGAUAAAAUGGGAGCAGGGCAAGCUGAAUGGAGCCCCAAACAAAGUUGAAGAAAUAGUGCAAUUUCAUGUUGGCGAUGUUGUAACAUGCUUGCAGAAAGCAUCUCUUAUUCCUGGAGGUCAAGAAUCUCUUAUAUAUGGAACUGUAAUGGGAAGCUUAGGGGCAUUGCUUGCAUUCAGCUCAAGAGAUGAUGUUGACUUUUUCAAUCAUUUGGAGAUGCAUAUGAGACAGGAACACCCACCUUUAUGUGGAAGAGAUCACAUGGCUUAUAGAUCUGCGUAUUUUCCUGUUAAGGAUGUGGUCGAUGGAGAUCUGUGUGAGCAGUUUCCAACUUUGCCCAUGGAUUUGCAGCGAAAAAUUGCUGAUGAAUUGGAUAGGACUCCAGGAGAGAUACUGAAAAAACUUGAAGAAAUACGCAAUAAAAUUGUCUGAGAUAUUUAGAGCAAAGGUUGCAAGUUAUGGCCCUCUGCACAUGUCGUUCGUCGGCUUUUCACAUUGUCUGCUCGGAAUUGGGAGAAUGCACUUUCUCCUGAAGAGGUUAAUGUGACUGCACCCUGUGAGUAAAGACAGAGACACUGACAUUUAACCCGCGGCCAUUUGAUGUAUCGAGCCCAAUGAAUAUAUUGUUGUAGCUACAUUUGCAGCAAUGUUAAUUUAAAAUAUUAUGUUAGAUACUGAUGUUAUUAACAUAGUUCGAUGUGCCAACAGUUUUCUUUUUUAUUGAA